AUGUGCUUUCUUUGCUUUGUCUUUUUGUGGAUGCUGCGUUUUUUUUCUCUCCUUUCUGCUUGUCUCUCUCUGGUCUUUGUACAUGGUUGGUGUCUUGCUCUUGUCUUUUUUGUUCUUUUCUGGUGGAGGAUGGUUUUGUCUCUGUGGUUUUGUUUGGCCUAUGUCUGUUUUUUGUCUUUGUUUUUGUGCGCGAUGGAGUGCUGGCUCGGUUUUCGCUCUGGCUUGGCGUUUUACAUGUUCCUGCGGGACUUCUGGUUGGUGCAACACCCAACGGGAUUUUCUGAGGAAUGCCUAGCUGAAUGUGACUGUUGCUUUUGCAUUCUCAACGUGAUUGCGCAUGGAAACAAUAGGCGAAAACCAAUGGAUGUGGGCCGAGCUUGCUGUUUUGGCGAAAUUGUCUUCGUUUCACACUGGAAUUGGAUGAUGGAGGCUUGUGGCGAUGCCAAUUUCAAAGAUUGGAAGGCAAAGCGUGGGGGGGGGGAUUUUGCAGUGUUUGCGAAAAUGACUUGGCUUGGACUGUGUGUUUUGUCUGGUGCUUUGCCUUGUGUUGAGGGAAAGGAUUUCCUGUUGUCGUUCCACCCCUGCGAAGAUCACGCGAGCUCUGUGCUGUGGAUUGCGGGUGUUUACAAAGGAUGCUGGUGUUUGAACCUGUCUUUGGAUGUCGGCUGGGAUGAAAAUGAUCUUUGGGAAAUGGAGCGUGGAAAUGGAUGGAAGAUUGUGUUUACCCCCCGGCUUUUGGGUUUGCUGUUUGUGUGCUUUUGA